AACAGCUUUGGACAAUAUUAUCCACAACCUCCUGAAAACACACACACACACACACACAAAUCCCAAAUCUCUCUUUUUCUACCUUCAUCUGUAAAGUUUCACGCUUUCACAUGCCCUCCAUCUUCUUCCUUGUGAAUCUUUAUUUGCAGGCUGCACACGACCUUUCAAACCCUAACAUGCUCUCAUAAUGCCAUUCAAACCCACAACCCCUUUUCUAUCUUUCACCAAAAACACAGUCUUUAUCAAGAUUACUAUUCACAGUCUGUACUUCUAGUGUGUGUUUGUGUGUGAAAAUCUUGAUGGGUCGUGAUGAUUUUCACCAAUGGGGUUACCUGUCACCCACUGAACCACCAUCAUUGUACACACAAGAUCAAAGAGAUGAUCACUGGAGGCAUUUUGAUAAGUCUGUGAAUGCUAUUUCUUUUGGGUUUGUUGCUACUGCCAUUUUGAUCUCUAUGUUUCUUGUUAUGGCUAUUUUUGAGAGGUUUUUGAGGACUACUUCGCCGGCGUUGUCUCCCGGCGGUGGUGGUGGCCGGAAUGCUGCCGGAAAUGUUGAUACCCAGAUGGGUUUUAGUUCAAAAGUUCAACACUCUUCUCUUAAGAUACCGGAAAAUGCUAGAGAGGUUUCGGUAUUGAUGCCCGGAGAAGAUAUACCGACGUUCAUUGCUCAACCGGCUCCAGUCCCGUGUCCAUCCGAGCGUAUUCCAUGGUCGGACGACCCAUGUAUCUCAUACCCAAAGCUUACUUUAAAUUCAACCUCUCAAUCAACUCACCAUGGUAUGUCAUAGGUGAAAGUCAAACCUCACAUUGGAAGAUCCAUUGCUAAUUUCAUUAUUUCCCUUGUAAGAUCCACUCCAUGGCUCAUGGAUUAAUUGGAUAUGACCCUAAUAUUAAUGGGUUUGAUUUUGUAUAUAUUGUUGGUCCAAAAAAAAUGUCCCUAGACUAUACUCUAAUCUUCAUUUUUAAUUUGCUUCAA